CAAAGGAAGUGCCUUGUUUUUCAAGCGGAUCAUGGCUCGGGUGUUGGUGGGGUCGGGUUGCAUGUUACUAGGGUCAUACUUAGCCCGGGAGGAAAAACCAAGAAGUUUCUGCAUAUUUCGUACAAUGUUCUAGGAAACGCGUGGAUGUUUAUGCGUUACCGAGUUUCUGGGAAUGCGAAUCUGGAAAGCCAUUUAGGAACGGGGUUUUUUUCUCCUCCUUUUUUUGCUAAAACUAAAUCAAAUCUCGGGUGACUGGCUUUGGAUUCUCCUCUCAAUAUUCGCUUCUCUUGUUGGCUCCUUCGGUUUUUCCUGCUCGUAUAUGGUCUGUGAAAAUGUUCCGUUUUAUACAACAAUGUGGUUUCCAAAUUCCUUCCAAGUUGCAGAUAACUCACCUUCAGAGGUUUCUGCAGCCUAGGAAUAACUCUUGCAGUUUUCCUCUUGAAUACCGUCAGAGUUUCCUGUCAAAAUUACAGCUAUCUAAAAGGGCAUCUUUGUGUACAACUAAGAUCCAGGGAUUUCAUUCCUCCACUUGCAGCUGGAACAGAAAAAGGCCUUCAGAACCUACGUCUGAUAAGCAGAAUACUCGACUAUUUGACUUGACAUCACUCAAGGACUCUCCAAAGCCUGCCAUUUAUAUAGCAGCCUCAGUAUUAUUUCCAUUUGUUUCAGUGCCAUUGGUAAUGGCUAUCCAACAAGCCUCCUACCCUCAGCUGGCAUUUGCUGAAAUUGCGUAUGCUGCCUCUAUAUUGUCUUUCCUAGGAGGGAUCAGAUGGGGAUUUACUCUUCUAGAAGAAAGUCCUGCAAAACCUGACUGGCUUAAUUUGGGUAACAGUAUAGUUCCUCCUUUACUAGCCUGGAUUACCUUGCUUCUUAAAGAUCUCACUGCAGCUGGAGUCAUGGCUAUCAUAGGUUUAAUGAUAGCCCUGAAUAAUGAGUUGGUCCUUCUUCCCACCUAUCCCAACUGGUUUAAAGCCUUGUUAGUAAUUUUAACUCUAGUGGCUGCAUUUGCUACAUUUCUCACAAUAAUUUAUUUGAAUGUUUAUCCUGAAAGAUAUCUUAGUUUUAAACUAGGGGAAACAGAAGAUUCUAAGUAAACACACACACACAAUGCAGAACCUUGUGGAAGAAACAAAAUGGAAACAAUAUUCCCGAUGCAUGAAAUGAAUUUAGAAAAUUAUUGGAACAGAAAAUAAUAAAUGAAUUAUUAAAUUUGCAACAGUAGCCAUAGAGAAGCAAGUUAGAAAGGAGGGUAGGUGCUGAACACUGAUAGAUUUUUAGAUUACUUGGUUUUCAUUUGUAUGGUUUAGUAGAAUUUAGUUCUCUCGAUUUUUUAUCAAAUUUGGUACAAAUAUGAACCAAUUCACAGCAUUAUUUUUGGAAAUUAAUUCUAGGUAGGUUAGUACCAGGGUUAUUUGAAGCAUGGAAAGCAAUGCUUCACUUAAAACCUGGCAGCACAUCCUCUUGAAGGCUCAGCGCAGCGGUUUUAAUGGUUUUCCCAUUCUGUCUGAACAUGUGUGUGCCUGCAUGCAAUGAAUACUUCUACUGGGAUUAUUGCUGAAGUUUUAUUACUAAUAAAUUGCAAUAAAAAUAAGAUAGCUUUGAGGAAAUUGGAUAACAAACAAUAAUUGUUUCAGUGAUUUAAAAGAAUAAUUCUGGACAAAAGAUAUUUGGGUAAUAUGUUCUAAAUAUUUAAACAUAAAACUAUAGAUUUAGACAUAAAACUAUAGAUCUUUUCUUUUAUGUACACCGAGAGCAUACGUUGUGACAUUCCUUGUGUGUCCAAGACAUUCCUUGUGUGUCCAAUCACACUUGGCCAAUAAAGAAUUCUAUUCUAUUCUAGAUCUACUGCAACCAACAGACAAUAUAUCAUCUUUUACAUUAAGCAGUUUUUAGAAGUUUUAACUUCUUGUGCUAAGUGUUGGGUUGCUAUUUGCUGAAUUAACAAAAAACCCAGUAUAAACAAUUCCUUUUUUAUUAAAAAAAAUAUGAGAAAGAUUUAAGAAUACACUUGAAGCUUAAGAGAAAAAUCGAUUUAACUGUGCCACACUGUUGAUCAAAACCUUAUGCUAGUCUGUCACUGUAAUAAAAGUAUUCUCUCAAAAUUUUCACUUCAAUUUUUUUA